AACCUGUGUCUUCCAGACCCUAGUCUGAUACUCCUACCACUACACCAUGCUGUGCACAGGUGCCAGCAGUUUGUCAAGAAGCUUCAUGAAGCAAGGAGGAAAGUAAGAGAUUAAAUUAUUCCCUCACUCCUGGCUGGGGGGAAAAAACCCCAAGCACCACUAUGGCGGACUAUUCGGCUUAUAAGGAGACCUCAAAUCGCCAUUUACGUUUCAAACUGCAGAGUCUUGGCCGCCGCCUUGAUGAACUGGAAGAAGCGACCAAAAAUCUACAGAAAGCUGAGGAUGAGCUACUUGACUUACAAGACAAAGUUAUCCAGGCAGAGGGCAGCAACUCUAGCAUGCUGGCUGAUGUGGAAACUCUGCGGAAAAGAGUGCUGAAAAUUGAAGGCAAGGACGAGGAAAUCAGAAAAGCAGAAGAGCUUUGCCGGCUGAUGAAGGAGAAACUUGAGGAGGAGGAAAGCCUCACUCGGGAGCUGAAAUCUGAAAUUGAGCGACUUCAGAAGCGAAUGGCAGAGCUGGAGAAACUGGAGGAGGCUUUUGGCCGGAGCAAGAACGACUGUACCCAGCUGUGCCUCAGUCUCAAUGAGGAGAAAAACCUGACCAAGAAAAUCUCAACAGAACUGGACGUUCUUCGGGCGAAAGUAAAAGAGCUCGAACAAUCUGAAGACCGGCUAGAUAAAACUGAACAGAGUUUAGUUAGUGAACUUGAAAAAUUGAAAUCAUUAGCUCUCAUCUUCGUGAGUGAAAAGAAACACUUCAGCGAAAGGGAGAAACAAAGUGAAAAAAUAAUCCAAGAGCUAACUCAGAAGCUAGAGCAAAAUAAUAAACUGAACAGGGCUGAUCAAACCCGAAACACAUCGAACCUGCUAGAAAGGUCAUCCAACAGUAUUCUUGAGAGGAAUGAUCUGAGGAUCGAAGCCGACUUGACAACUUCUGCAUUGUCUUCAAAAGAAACAAGAAGAAAAGGGAGUCUGGAUUACCUCAAGCUUGUGGAAAACGAAACGCGAAACAAAUCGGAAAAUCAAAAGAAUAAAAACCAAGAAGACAACAAAGUGAAGGACCUCAACCAAGAGAUUGAGAAGCUGAAAACUCAAAUCAAACAUUUUGAGUCAUUGGAAGAAGAACUUAAAACCUUGAGAGCCAAAAAUAAUGAUUUGCAAGACAGCUACCUGAGCGAGCAGAAUAAAAACAAGAUCCUCAUUGGCCAGUUAGAAGAAAUAAAAAUGCAGAUGAAAAAACAAAAAGAACUGGAGAAUGGUGAAGCUGAAGCUGAGGAAAUUAACUUAUCUAACCGAGUUAAACAUGACAGACCAAAACACCGGGCAAUCACAGCAGAGUCAGCUGUUUCAAAGCAUAAAUCUCGAGAGCUUUCCCCUCAGCACAGGCGGGAAAGGAUACGAAACCGAGAAUUCUCGCUCAAUAAUGAAAGUAGCACCCAAAAUACCAAGCGGAUUCCAAGUCCGAAUCUGAACAACAGGAGAACAGCCAAGGCUUCUAGUACACCAGCAUUACUAGACACUUUAGCAACCGAUGUGAAACGGACAGAAGACAAAUCGUCUGUGGGAGGUGUGCACUUUUCCUUGCCAAAAGACAACGGUGCCCAUCCGGCGGAAGUGAAGAAGUCAAGAGAGCAGCCAUCUGUUCUUAGCCGUUACCCACCUGCAGCACAGGAACAGAAAUCUUGGAAGGCCUCUUCAAAGCCCAAGAAUGAGGGAGUGUUGAGAAGUAAAGUUGAAAGAGCAGCCCAACCCUUGAAUGAUUCUCAUCAGUGUAGGUCCGACAUACUUGAAGAAAAGCAAAGGAAAACGGAAACUGCUGUAUCUCCUCCAGAAAAGGGAAUUAAGGCAAAUCUCACAGAGUCGGCAGAAACACGCAUCUCGAAAACUAAUCGUGGGCCGUCCAACGGAGCCACAUCAUCCUAUAGGCGCCACCUCUCUUCAGAAACACUAGCUGCUGAACCCACCAGCCCUAAGACAGAAGCCCCAACCCUGGUCUCAUCUCGGAGGCAGCUUUUGGAAGAAAGCUCUGUCAAGGGUGUUAACUCCCAAGCGAGAGAGUUUAUAGACCCUCCGCAUGAAAAUGUAAAGCCCUUGCCUUUAUCAAAGUCUUGGCUUGUCUCGAGAAGUCAGGAAGAUCUCUUGCAGUCUCUUCCAGCUCCUCCUAAGGAAGAAAUCGACCAGACCACUGCUUUAGUGGGAGAGUCUAACAGUGUUGGCCUAAAAGCCACUUCUGCAAGAGCCAAAGCAAUCCGGUCCGGUAGUCAUGAAAAAUUCAGCACGGAUGAAGAGACUGGGAAAAAUCCAACCCCUGCUGCCACUUCUGAUUUUGGGAUAAAAAGGGAAGCCAUUUCCAGAGAAUUCUCAAGCUCCAGGGGGGCCCUUCGAACAUCUCCCUUUGAAAAUGACAGAUAUCCUUGUGAUGAGGAAUUUGGCAGAAUGUCACCCAGAACAUCUUCUGCUGCCACCAUCACAGGGUUAAAAUCCAGGAGGGCAUUCAGUCCAAGGGAAGCUCUGAGGUCCAAAGCUAUCAUCAAGCCUGCCAUCGUGGAGAAAGAUGUGAAAGAAAUAAUGGGCGGGACAGGGCCAGGGCUGGAAGGAAACCCUGAGAAACCAUCAUCAGUGGUUAAAGCCAUGUCUCACAAAAUGACCAGUAGCAUCACCAUUUAUCCAUCUGAGCCGGUUUCUCAAAGGAACAGUACAAAUGAAGCUGCAAAGGAACUUCAGCAUAUCAGAGUCACGCCGAACGAUCUCUCAUCAGGAGCAAAUGCAACCGGCUCACCUUACGAGAUAUCUAUUAACAAGAACAAUUUAACCCUGAAGUUACCAGACACUGACAGAAACGGGGACUCAGCUUUGAGGAGCAGGAUAGAAACGGUCGUCUCGAAAAGUAGCAUCUUGAUAAAACCGUCCGAAUCUACUGAAAAGAAUAGCGAAUCUCCCGGGGAGACUGUCGGUUGGAAGAGCCACAGCUCUUCUGAUACUAACUUGUUGGAGACGAAACAUGUCACAGUGAGAAGCGCAUGGAGGACAAGGCGCGGUUUGCUGGCUUCUGAUGACUCUGCACCCAAAGUGGUUGAAAAUACAACUGCUCGGAACCCAUAUAGGUCAUCUACGGACUUCUCCAAGCCAGAAGGGACUAGCGCACGCAUAUAUGCAAUUGAGCAGAGUUCCCGAAGGGCCAGUGCCACUAUAAACUCUUGGAACACUCCAGAAUUAGACUCCAGAAGGACCAAAAGUAGCUUAAGUGCAUCUGAGAUGCUUAGCCAGGGGAGCUGUGUCAGUGAUACCACAACAGCAUCAUCUUGGAAUUGCACAGUAUUACCAGAGGAGAACAAAGGUUUUGUUCGUAGUUCCAGAAGAAAGCAGUUUGGCUCAUCUGAGCAGCUCACCUGGGACGAAACGCCACGGAAGAAGCCAGAGGCCAAGAUGGAGCCCCCUCACCAGCUGCCAGCCAGCAAGACCGAGGAGCGGCUACGUUGGUCCAAAGACAAUUGAACCAAGGCCAGCUUCAGUUGCAUGACCUCCCGAAGCUGAGCUUCAUCCUCCUCUCUACACUGGCCGUCCCUGCAGCCAGACCAUCACUGGGACAUGUGCAGACUUUCAGCCCUUUCAGCUCUCAAGGCCCUUUUCAUCCCUCACCUUGGGUGGAUUUAUUUUUUAAAAUGGUAGCUUUGUGUUUUCCUUCUCCCACUUGGGGGGUGAGGAAAUUGCAGAGACUUUGCUCAGGGGAACCCCACUCCACAAUCUUAUUGAGCUUGAAUGAUGGGAACCCUUGGCCAGUGCCUGACUGUGCCCCCCACCCCCACCCCAAGAUAUCCCAGGACUUUGAGGCAGUAUGAUGAACUCUUGGGACAUGCGGUCCCAGCCUCCUCACCCUACCGUGGCAUUCCCCGGAGGAGCACAAGUUCAACUUGGAGCCCUUACGAGCGGCAGGGGCAGUGCAACUGAUCCACCGCGCAGCCAUCUGUCAGACCUCAAGAAGCCCAGAAUCUGCAUGAAGCUGGAAGUACAGAGCAACAGAGAGAGGGGGACAGACUCCAUUCCCAUCUUGGUCUACAUGGGCAGCUGAGGAAAGCACCUACCAUUCAUCUCUGGAGGGAAUGAUUUCCCCCCCAGCAGAGAGAAAAGGACAGGAGAGGGGAGACAUCGCACAGCAUGCUUGAAGGCUGCUGAUCUCACUGAAGCUUCACCUGACAUGCCUCCCUGCGCCCAUCGUAAAGCCUGAUCCUCACAUCCAAGCAAUAAAGUGACGCGUUCUCACACAGCUGCUGAGAAAGCUGCUCUUCGCUUCAUGGUGUGCUCAUGCUCACAUCUUUAGCGCUAAGAGCAUCUCCUCUUUGGACACGGGUCAACACAAGCUUACACUCUUGAGGCUAGAAGGCUAAGAGUAUCCAGAAGGGCGUGUUGCAGCUGGACAACAUCAGGCCAUAGAAGAGGCAGUGCAAGAAAAGCUGCCCACCUGUUGGCGACUGUCACAAAGGCUUUGCUUAUCCCCCCCCCCCCCGGGUGUUCGCCACGUUACUUGAACGUAGAGCCUGAGGCCUCGGCUGGGCACCACUAGCUGUGGGGGAGUCUCCUUUGUUCAGCACCUCGACCCAGGCUGGGCAGGACAUUCCUUCGUUUCUGCUACCUCACUCUUCACUUGCUUGCGCAAAGGGACCAGCAGAGACUCCUCCCAGCGUGCAGCAGCGGCCCUCUCUGCCCAGUCUUCGACUCAGCCUCUAGACUUGCUCCCCAGCUAUCCUCCCUUCCCGCUUAGGCUGUGCUGUGUUGUGCCUUCUCCACCAAAUCCCAGCUGCAAGAUUCAAGCCUCCUAUCAUCAUUUGUGUGACUCAAGACUUAAUACCCAAGGGGAUGGUUCCCCCCGGGAGACUUGAGCUUUCUCCGUGCUUCAGUCAUUGCCCUGAGCAGGCAUGUGCGUGCGUGCGUGAGAGAAACAGCCUUCCUGUGGGCAGAAGUCCACCCGAUGUUGGUGAACCCCAUUUGCCAGUAUAGGGGGAAGAGGGCAGUGCUUCUGUUUAACCCGUAUCCGCAGUUCUCUCGCGCAACUCAGCAGGGACAAGCCUAACAAGGGAAGAGCAACGGUAACCCUGCAUUCCUGCCUGUUUGUGGAUCUAAAGGCUUUUAAAUUUUAAAAUGGAACUUUUAUUUCCCUUACUUCCCUGCCCCGCUGGGGAAGGUACUGGAGAAGGACAGUCAGUUUUAUGUACCAAUCGCAGUGCUCUUCAGACAAAGCCAAACUCACAACUUUCUUUACCCAGAGAGCAAAACGCCCUACUGGCUUUCCUAUUUUUGAGCCCCCCCCCAGUCCCUGCCUUUCUGCUGUUUGAGAUCCUGGCAUGCAGGUGUGCAGUAUUAUUCACUCCUGAAAAGUAUUUCCACCCUCGACUUAAAAGCACACAACUCAACACAAGUCCAGAGCAGCUCCACUGCAGUCAUUUAACAACAACAACAAAAUUCCACCUAAGUAGAGCAGUGAAAGGCAAGCAGAGAAUCCCCUCCAGCCUAGCAGUAAGUGCACCUUCCAUUUCCACCAUGCACAGGAUUUGAUCCUGCUUGUCUCACUCUUGCAACGGUAAAGCAAGUUGAGGUUCUGGGGUUUCCGAAGCAGAGGGCAGUGUAGAAGCCGCCGCCUGGCCGUAUGCUCAUUUGCCUUUGAGCUCUUUGGACCUUUAGCGGUUGUGAGCGAGGCUUCUGCUCCCUCAGAUCUCACACACCAAUUUUUAUUUCGCACCUGUUCAAACACAUAUUCUUGGCCUACAUUGUGCUUUAUGACAGUGUGAGGAAUAGAUCACAGGGGAUGGUAACUUUCAUUGGGCUAGCAGUUAAAACCAUUUGCAAGCUUGCAAAGCAUCCGUGGCUUCACAGUGCAGUGCUCCAAGCAAAGAGGGAAGCGCUUGCGUUCCUGCUGGCAGCGACGGGUGUAUUAAAAAGGGAGUUGGGUCACACCUUCACGGCCACAGUGAGAGUUGAAAUUAAGCCAAAGCAAUGCAUUCUGGUAGCCACUUUUGCUGCCACAGCCCAAGGAAAUCAGGAUUAAGUAAAUUUCUACUCUUAAAAAAAACUGCUUGAACAAAAUGACAGUGGGAGAUGAUCAAAAUCCAUUCUUAGCUUGGCAUAAUUUUUAGAUAAAUGGACAUUAGCUCUGCUGUAGCCCACACAUUAAAAGUUAUAAUGGAAAAAUUGGCCACAAGUAGUAAAAACUCAGUUUUGCUGGGGGCAGAGUUUAAUUCCAAUUUUCUUCCAGGACUGUAUUAGGCCUGGGAUGCCAUUAGACAGGCAUGCCUACCUCUUACUUUCUGCUGCAUCCUCCUGAUUCUGGAGUGUAAUGGAUGCCCUCUCCUUGAAUACUAAUCCUCGUAGGGACAGUGGCCAUCUCGAAGUAACCACAAGGCGAGUCUGGGCUUUAAAAAGAUCCAGGUUCUGUGCUAAGACAAUCCUAAACCAAAGAAGGAGGGGUUCUACUCGCGCUAUUCACUAAAAAAGGGAGACCUUGUUUAGUGAAUAUCUGUGCUAAGACAAACAUGAAGCCUUCCUUGAGCAGUGAGCUUGCUGCAGCGCUGCACUUGCCUCCCUUUUGGACAUCUCUACAAACCUGGAAAAGCCCAUUCCUCCUGUUUGUAGGAGAAUCUGGUGGAGCUGAUUGGUUGGCUCUUGUGGUAAGCAUAAAACUGCUUGUGCCCACCGCACCCCUGCCCCCGGCAACACAAUUGAGCUGGGCAGAGUUUGCUGCUUGGCUGACUCUCAAGGCACUCAAAGUCACUCCUUAACCAGAGCAAUGCUUCAAGUUUACUUUUUAAAAAAUGAUUCUAAAAAGCUGCCAAUUGAAUGUUUAAAUGGGUGUGUGUCAAGUGUCUAGGGAUAGGAAGGGCUUUGAAAAUUCUGUAGCGGUGGCAGAGCCUGGUAUGUGUAUCAGUAGAGGUAUUACGAGAGUACCUCUGGGCAUGUAGAAUUUUCCCUCCCCACCACUCUUAAGUCUCCAGCCCCACGCCUGGAGGGAGGGCAGUGGGGUUCCCACUGUGCUUUUCUGCUCUCCUCUGAGCAAGGGGGAAUAGUGAGAUUACUAAGGUGCCCCCAAGAGGGCCUGCUGGCCAUGGAGAAAGAGCGCAAAACCACCACCACUGCACUGUGGCCAGCUUGUUCUUUCCCCAGGUGGCUGCUAUGGCUUUACUCUCUUCUCUGGGGCCAGCUUGUUCUCCUGGCAGCCAAGUGUGGGGAUGAGAAUGCACAGACUAUGGCGGGGGCAGUUACUCUCUUUGACAACCCCCCCCAGCUCACAGAAACUCUAAGCUUGCUCUGGUGGCAGCUGCUUCAAAGUGUUCAAGGGGCAAACCACAAGCCCCACUGACCAAUGGCUUGCUCACUUUCCUGGAACAUGGUGCCUGUGACACAUUAAGGAACAGUUUAGAAGAGCCACUUGUGGUUCCUGAUCCACUGAGAAUCACCACCUUAAGGUGGGGAGAAGCAGCAGUUAAAAAAAAACCCUACAAAGACUUCAUUUCUACAGCUUGCAUGAAUUUCUUAUGUUUCCAUAAAGGUGCUGUGCUAGUCAUGGCAAAGCAGCCCCAAAGCCCUGCCCAGUGAAAAUCCAGCCGAGUGUAACAUUUUAUUGGGUAUUUCUAGCCCACUUUCCCACCCAAACUUGACAGCCUAGGUUAGAAACUUACAUUCUGUAUUCCAGUAUCUUCCUGAUGCAAUCACAGCCUUGUAUAUAGUCUUGCUGCCAUUUCAGUACCCCCCCCCCCCUUCCCUGGGCUAGCUUACAUGGAUUACUUGAGCUGGGAGUUGUGUCACACAGUUAAUUUGCUUGCUUCUAGUAGUGGGUUGAGUGUUUACAUAAAGGUCUCUUAUAGGGAUAAAUGAUCUAGGGCCAUUUUUAGAACUAGCCAGAUAAAGGUGCCCCAUCAAGCAAUAAACAUGGACUUGUGAGUUGUUCCAAAGUAGAUUUUUGUUUUUCUAAAAGAAAGCCAUUUUAUUGUUCAUCCAAGAAAGCACUUUAGCACCUGCAAUGUAACUUAAGUACUUCCAUCCCUCUCAAGUUGGAAGCAAUAUCCAAUGUUGGAUCUGAGCCUACUUGAAAAUUAAAGCAAAACCACCAAUAUAGGGUGUGUGCCAUGUUGCUAUCUGAGCCGUUCCUUUUGGCUGGGUCAUCAAUGCCUUUAAUUUCCUGUGAGGUGCCACAGCCAAGGCUAGAGCAAGACCACUUUUCAGAAGAGAUCUUCAGCCCUUUCCUAUAAAAACAUUUACAAGGGAAGUAAGUUCUUUUUUUUAACAACAUUGAGAAUCUCAUCUAUAAAUAAGUUCCCCCUUCUUCAGUUUCUCAUCUGGGCAAGAUGAAAUUUCACUAGUUUGCAUUGUGCCUGUGUGAACUGAACAGUACCACUGGAGGCACCUUGAGACUGUGUGAACAGUACCGCUGGAGGCACAGAAGACAAUCUAGGUAACUUUUUUUAUCUACAAAUGAUCGGCAUGCAACACGACUCUCCUCUGUAAGAUGAUAUUUGUACAGGGCCAUCAGAAUUCUUACCCUUCACAGCACUUGAUGUAACUGGCCAUUUCUUGAAUUUAAAAAUUUCUGCAUUACUUUGGAAAAAACCAACCAGACAUCCAUACCCAAAAGUUGCUCUCUCAAGGUCAGUAUGUGGGUGCUACCAUAAUUAUUUCUUCUUCCAGGACUCAGAACGUCUAGGGCAAAGGAGCUUAGAUGAUUGGCCGACAAAUUCAGUUAUGGACAACACUGAUGCCUGUCAAGACAGAAAAGUCACAGCCACCUGGCACCUCGUCAUCUCUACUAGGGGAACAAUUCCCGCCUUUUUCUUGCCAAAAGAUCCUGUUAACGUGACAAAGGCAGAACCAGAAGUCCCCAGGUUCCGUCUCCAGUAUCUCCAGUUACAAGGACCAGGUUGUAGGUGAUGUGAAAGACUCGGAUCCCUGAAGAGCUGCCACCGCCGCUGGUGGGAGCAGACAAUACCAACUCUGAUGGGCGUUCCUUUGGUCUGACUCAAUAUGAGGCAGCUUCAUGUCUCUCCAAGAUUUAAAUUUGGAGACAAAUGUUUGAACAUCCAGGAACAGGAGCAAAGUGAUUCUUCAGGAUCAGUUUGGAAGCUUGUAACAGUAAUGACCAAUAGAUCAUGUCAUAAUUAUGGAGCUCAGUCAAAUCAGAAGGAACAUUUGGAAAGAGAUGAAUCUGCUAUUGGUUAUUCUGGCCAGUUUGUUCUCCAUUCCUUAGCAGAGUUUUAUCAGCAAAUCUAAGUCUUAAAAACAUUUUGCUAGCUGUGGCUAAUGAAUGUAAAUAGUCAGUCCACAUUGGCUGAGCCUUCUUUGCUGAACAGCCCUGUAAAACUAGAGAAUUUAAUCACCCUUCAGAGACCCUAACCCCUGAGUGCAAUAGGAGCAGAUUGUAUUAUUGAACUAACAGUGAACGAUUUCAGGAAAUGGAGACUGUUUGGCUCAAGUUGCACACUUUUGAAAAAAGAAACCGCUGUAAAGUGUAUUUGUAAAUAUUGCCAGCAUUUGGCAAGUUAAUUUUUUUAAAAUGUAGCCUAUGAAAUACAGUAGGAACCGCCCCCCUUCCCCCUGUACUUUCUAAUGCUGAGAAUUUGUUUGUAAAAAGACCCCCCCCCAUGUUGUAAUUGUAUGUGCUGCAUGUGGAAUUCCCUUUUUUUCCGUGUCAAGGAACAUGGAUGCGGCGGCUUCUGGCUGGAGCGCAAGAGGAUUUGUCCUCAUGCUUGGCCUUCACAGCAUAGCUUGGUUAGCACUCCUCUCUUCCCUUCAUCGCCAAAAACGCAGCUCUUAUCAACAGCCAUUAAGAGUAUAUAAAAGCUCUGAUUUUGUGGUAAAACUGAUGUCCGAGUGCCAAGAAUCGAGGGUUUAGCCAUAUGUCGGUCCGAAGGGACCCCCAUCUGUAUAUUGCAAUGGGAUGCUGUCUCUUGCUUUGGACUGGUGGCCCUCUCCAAGAGGGAAGGGGUGUGGAGAAGCUUACGUAUGUAAUGCUGCUCCUCCAACCUGAGCAUUGAAGAAAGAAGAGACCCACCGAAGAUUUUGCUGCUUCAGCUGAACCCCCAGCUUGAUAUCCAAAGAGGGAAAAGGGGUGAAGGAACUGCUGUGCAGAGGCCAUCCUUCCUCCUUUUUUUCUUUCUUCUUGGCUGGAGACCAAAAAGAAUCUGCUCUCGCCCUUUGAAGGCCUGUUGGGAGUCUCGUACUCGCUGCACGUCUGCACAAGGCAGGCAAUGUUGGUCUUCCUGCCCCUUAUUACACUUGAGAAUCCUUCAGAUUGUGUGGAAUGUAUUUUUAAGAGAUUAAAAAUUAUAUUUUUUCUAUUUGCUAAUGUUAAGACUGGGUGGGGGAAAGGGUUGCUAAAUCCAGAUGUUGUGCUAUAGGCAGUUGUGCGUCUCCUGCCUUACUUUUCCUCAUUUUCAGGUUGAGAAAAACAAGUGCAAUUUAGCACAGUGUGUUCCCGAGGUCCUCAUUUGCCAGCUCCCCAAAAGCCACCUCCAAUCCAUCUCUGGCAGGCUACCAGCACUGUCCCAGCCACUUCGCCCCUGAUGCAAAGGAAACAUGCUGGUGCUAGCACAUUGGGUUGGGCAAGGCCCUGCCUCCUUCACUUCCCAAACUGCCUGUGCACUGGACAGCAGGUAGGGCUAGCCGCCUGUCAGGCACACAGAGCAACAAGUCUGCAUGCUAUGUUUAAAUCCAAGUUUGUCCGCAUGUUAUCUUCUGACUAAUGCUGUUGAUCUGCAGUACAUAAUCAA